AUGUCGCUCAAGGAUCGGAUCUCAUCUCCGCUCGAGGCUGGUACCUCCAUCCUCGACGCCCACCAUUUGCCACCUAAUAUGGCACCUGCUCUCGAGCAUGCAUCAUCUUGUCUUGCUCGGAAGUCUCAGCACAUCACGCUUGUCGUCGCUCGCCGAGAUUACCAACUCCCAUCUGUUGUUCCACCCAAAGGUCUAUUGACCCCGAUCACCCCAACGACCUUGUCUCCUGGUUUUCGUCUCAACCUCUCUCAAGGCCCCGUUUCUAGGCUUAAGUCAUUGAUGAAGAAAGGUUCUUCAGCAUCUCUUCGAUCGAUGGAUUCGCCGCGAAGUGGGCUAUCUUCGCCUGGCCAGGUCCCUCCACUCGAGAUAUCCAGCCCUCGGUUCAAGUGGCCUUUGUCGCCCUCUACGCCCUUGUCUCCUCCUCCCAUGACACCCUGUACCGCCUCGUCAACAACCACAGAUACCAUGAGCUCCAUGAUGAAUGCAUCAUCAGGUUUCGGUAUGCGGCUCAUCCACACCAACGAGCUCAACCCUAAAUCCGAAAAGAUCCUCAAUACCAUACUGACCAAAACGGAGAAGAAGUUUGCUCUUGGUUCAGAGUGGCUCUCUCCCGCCGUCAGGCCUUCUUCCUGUGGGCUCACAAACCAACUCAUCCAUAGCUCCAUCAUUCAGAAUGAGGUCCUCUUCUGUUCAGAGGGCCUCACUGUACUAUCACUUGACAGACUGUAUAGCCUCAAAAGUGCUCUUUCUAGCUACUCCAAAACGAAAUCCCCACUCCGCCUUGAAGACGCCGUUGACGAACUAAGGCGCAUCAUCUUGGCAACCAACGGCACCAAGGUUUCCAAGACCGCCAUCCUUCGAUCAUACGACUGGCUGAGCGUGUCAAACUCCGCCUUGGUCGAUCUAGAUCGCAUGUAUCGACGAGCAUAUGGUGGGCCCGAACAGCACGGUGGAAUCGCAGGCCUGACAAGUUUUGCCGAACCGGCCAUCAAGCCUAUCAGCGACUCCCAGGAACGCCAUAUAGAAGAGGAGGCAAGCGAGCCCACGAUACACAUCACAGCAGACAAAGGCAAAACGCCAUCGCCGAAGCCUUUGCUCAAGCUGCAGACAAAUUUCACUCCAGGGUCUCUUCUCAGACCAAAACCCAAGAAAAUAGAGGCUCCAGCCCAGGUGCCCAUUCAGGUCGAUGCCGUGGAAGAGGAAGAUGGCGAUCGCACAGCACGGCCGACGGAUCAGUUAUACUUCACCAUGCAACAGUGGGAGCCGCCUUCAACAAUAGACCAAAUCCUAACUGCAGGGCCGGUCAAUCGAAGUGCCUUCAGCCCUCUCACGCCGACACCUAUCAUGAGUCCAGGAUCACCAGGAUUUGGACCUAUGACGCCCCACGACUAUGACGACAUAUCCCCUACAACACGAGGAGAAUGGGGUUUCAUGUUGGCAGAUAAUGCCUUCCAAAGCGGUCGCAAAGUUGGAGUUGAGACUUUUUGA